GCUCAUGCAUCACUGUCCCUUCUCCACUGCCUCGCUGCCGUGCGACUUGCAAUCUACUGUCAAUGCCCGGCCCUAUUUCUAAUGUCUAGUCGCUGUUCGGCCGUCUGUUGAAUCGUCCCCGCACCCCUCCCAUCUCUUUUCGAGCCGCCGCCGCUCCCGGCCCGACAUGGCGCUCUGGCAGAAGACGAAGACCGGCGGCAAGGCGGGCUUCGACAAGCUGUACGGAUGGGUCGACAAGCUCGGAGCCCCAGUCAAUCGCCUCUCGAACAAGUUGGGCUCCGAAGCCUUUUGGCCUACGACGCUUGACAAGGAGUGCGACAAGGCCGCGCGCAUUCUGAAGAGUUUCUGCAAGGAUGGUUUCUAUCUAGAAGAAGAUCGGCCGAGCGCCGAAGGACCAAAGUCGAAGCAGAAGGUGCUGAAGAGGAUACCCGCAGAGGUAAUUAAGAAUGCGAAAGGCCUCGCCAUCUUUACCACCAUGCGCACCGGCCUCUGGGUAUCCGGAGCCGGCGGCAGCGGCAUUCUCAUCGGUCGUAAAGAAGACGGUUCAUGGUCACCGCCCUCGGGGAUCAUGUUGCACACUGCCGGUCUCGGUUUCCUCGUUGGCGUGGACAUCUACGACUGCGUAGUCGUCAUCAAUACCCAGAAGGCCCUGGAUGCCUUCUCUACCAUUCGGUGCACGUUAGGUGGAGAAAUUAGCGCUGUUGCUGGGCCCGUCGGCGUUGGCGGAGUGCUGGAAAGUGAGCUGCAUAAACGACAAGCCCCCGUGUUCACAUAUUUGAAGUCCCGAGGCUUCUACGCUGGAGUCCAAGUGGACGGGACCAUCAUAAUCGAAAGGACCGACGAGAACGAAAGAUUCUACGGCGAGCGAAUAGGUGUCAAGGAUAUCCUGGCCGGGAAAGCAAGGCAUCCCCCGUACGAGAUCAAGAGGCUGAUGGAGACUAUCAAAGCCGCACAAGGAGAUACCGACGUCGACGAGUCAUUACUGCCGAGCGAACCACCUCCAGGCGACUAUGAAGUACAGAACGAGUUUGGGGAAGAGAAGACUUUUGGCAUCCCGGAUAGAGAAGACCCAGAUCCAUACGGCGUCCUGGCAUUGCAGAACGCGGGCUUGGAGAUAAAAGAAGCCGGCACCAAUAGAAGACCAACGAGCGAGCAAUUCGAAUUCCAUCCGAGCCCGACAAGCCCCAUCUACUCAACUUUCAGGAAAAGCUUCGACCGCUCGAGCAUAGAUGGCCGGAGCAAUAGCAGGAGAUCAUCUUGGCGGACCAGUACCAUAAGCAGCGUUCUGGAACCGCGAACACCUACCGCAAUGGUGGACAUGAGCACUCAGACAAACUUGGACGACCCUACGCCAAUACAAGUACCACCUCAGCUACCUCCCAGACAUAGUCGUACACCCAGUCCUACAUUGGCACAGAUCCCGGAAGCCAAGAGUACAGACGAGUCAAAACCUCAACAGCCAGAAAGGAAAGAGAGUACCGAGGAUGAGUCCAGACCAAGUAGCUCAGCGCGCAACUCGGAAGCAUUCGACGAGGUGGAUCUGGAUGAUGCGGAUGAUGAAGAACCAAUCAUUGAGGAGAUUCACCAAGCUGCAGCUCCUCAAGCGAUUACCCGUGCCCGCAUCGUGCAGGUCGCAAAGCCCACUCCUCCGAAGCUUCCUCCAAGAAACCCUUUCCGCAACCGGAUCUCCGUUAACUCGAACGUGUCGAGCGAAAGCUCUGUCCGCGACGCAUCCGCCGGACCGUCGCCCAUGGUUGGCCACAGCCCACCCUCUACCCCGUCGCUCAAGGAGGAUGGCUCCUCUGCUUCAUCAAUGUCUUCUAUCGAAGGACUAGAGCAUGUAAGCAAAGGUUUGCAACCAAAGAACAUCGAGACGGAGCAGGAGCAGACGGAAGCGAAAGAAGACAAGAACAACUUUCAGUCACUUCCGGAAUCUCCGGUCAAGGCAGUACCAGGAGGUUUCAACUGAUUCCUAGACUGAAGAGCACUAGACCCCUACGAUCGAUCAGCCUCCAAGAAAAGCUGCCUUACCCGUAUUACCUAUUCGGCUACUGGCGGUUCUUCCACGAUUUUCUUUGCCACUCGAUUACGAAUCUCGGUUCGGGCUGUUGGCGUGUAUGUAACUUGGAUACGGAGUUCCCGGAAGGCGCGGAUACUUUGCAGAACCUGCUUGGGAUGGGACGCGAUAUCGCGUGAUGGACUGGACCGGAUUGGGAGGCCCGGCAAUGUUUGAUAUUGCCCUUACGAUCGCAUGUACUUGUUCGAUAACCUUCCCCGGCCGAAAACGGUCGCUACUCCGUAAAAGUAUUGUUUAACUUUAAAUAGCACUACCC